CUGGCAGUGUCCGGUGCGUGCGGGGUGUCCAUGAUCUGGGCCCAGACGGAGCUGCAGAUCCUGCUGCUGCCCAUGGCCUUCAUCGUGCUCUCCGGCAUGUGCAUUGCGGUCGUCAACAGCGUCGUCGUCGACAUCUUCCCCACCUACCUCAGAGCCAUGGCGGUGUGCCUGUCACUGUGCUGCGGCCGCCUGGGCACCUUCAUCACGUCCCUCAUGCUGGGUGCCCUCAUUGACUCCAGCUGCAUCCUCGCCAUCGCCAUCCUUGGAGGAUUUGUCUUUGCUUGUGGUGUACUCUCGACAUUGCUGCCAUCUGAGGCAAAGCUGAAGAAGAUGAACCACUGAGGUCAACUGCAGCACAGCGUCUGUAUCCUCGCUGCCAUUGUCAGGAGCCUGAGAUGUCGCCCACAUGUGCUGCUCUUACUGCCAUACCUCGUGACCUCAACGAUGAGAAGUUGUCCUAAGUGCUUCGUGUAGCCCGCUGUGAUGGUCAGCAUCCUGCAUCACUGUCUUAAACGUGACAUGGUGCACCAGCUAUUAUUAUUUUGGUGCCAGACAGAUGUGAAUGGCACAAGAAGAAACAGAGACUGCCAACUUGUGAAAACUACGCAAAACAAACUGUACUCUAAAGUACUAGCUUCAUUCUUUUCCACUUUUCAUACAUUUUUCAAUGUACCACCAAUUCAGCGGCCAUUAUAGAAUUGUUAAGUUGACCUGAUAUAUUAAUUUAGAGAGAUUGAGGAAAAAGAUGAAAUUAAUUUUGUUGACCUCCUUCUUUAAGAAACUAAACAAACUGCAUUGAAGCACAAAUAUUGGAAUACAUUUUUGAUAUGAUAAUUCUCAACAUAGAAAGUAAGUUCAUGAGGUGUGUUCAAAAAAUAAUGGGAAAUGUUGUUUUUUGGAAAUAAUUUUGUUUAUAUGUCUACAUCAAUGUUAUCACCUUCAAAGUAGUCAUACAUAAGCCCAUUUCCCAACCUGUGAAAAACUUCUGCAAUUCUGUCUCUCAGAUAGUUUAUCACUCUUUCAGUGAUGCGCUUUUAAUCUCACCCAUGCUCGUGAAAGUAUGAUCCUUUAAAGUUUCCUUUACUUUUGGGAACAGAAUGAAAGUCAUGUGGUGUCAUAUCUACUGAAUGUGGAGG